AUGCCUUCCCUUUUCGCUUGGCUCCGGCGGCUCUACUCGCUCGAUACUCUCGACACUCGCUUCACGGCCACCGCCAUUCCCCCUGCCAACGCGGCCGACACGCGACCCUCCAAAGAUGCCCGCGCGAACGCCAUUGCCCAAAAUGCCCGGGAACCCCUCUGGCGCACGCCCGAGUUCUUCAUAUACUAUCUCUUCUUCAUUACACUCGUUCCUUUGAUGUUCAAGACAGUCAUUGACGCCUCAAAGGACAGCCACCCUGUCUACGCCACAUACUCUGAUCUCCUAUCCCCGGGCUGGAUUCCAGGUCGUCUAGUCGACAAUUCCGAUGCGCAAUAUGCAAGCGUCCGCGAUAAUAUCCCAUACCUCUUUCUUCUCCUGAUUGCGCAUCCAUUGGCUCGCAAAGUGUAUCAAUCAUUCGCCAAUCGCCCCAAUGUGGAAGCAAAGUCCUCGGUAGCGGCGGCCGGAGAGGUGCAACUCGAACAACGCAUGCGGUUCGAUUUUGGAUUCGGAUUGGUAUUUAUUGCGGCACUUCAUGGCAUUUCAUCCUUGAAGAUCUUUUUGAUUUUGUUUAUAAACUACCGAAUCGGCAAGGGCCUUCCUCGGGCCUAUGUGCCCGCAGCAACAUGGACCUUCAAUAUCUGCAUUUUAUUUGCCAACGAGCUGUGCGGUGGAUAUCAGCUGGAGCAUAUUGCAUCUUUCUUGUCUCAAGGUUCUGGAACACCGGGAGAGAAAGAAAUAUUGCUGGUUCAGUGGGCCCGGGCUUUGGAUGAUAUUGGAGGUAUCAUGCCGCGAUGGGAAGUUCUGUUCAAAGUGACCGUGUUGCGUUUGAUCAGUUUCAACAUGGACUACUAUUGGAGUGUGGAUUACCCUGCAGCAAGUCCAAUUGAAAAGAAACAACUCGACCCUGCAACCCUUUCUGAUCGAGACCGAGUCAAGAUUCCUGCUGAUCCAGCCGCUUUCAAUCCUCGUAACUACGUCGCUUACGUCCUUUACUCGCCAUUGUACCUGGCAGGUCCCAUCUUGACCUUUAACGACUAUGCGUCCCAGCAACGAUACACCGCGCCUUCGCUGACUCGCGCCCGCACUGCGCUUUAUGGCAUCCGCUUCUUCCUCACCUUCCUCUGCAUGGAGCUUAUGCUUCACUACAUCUAUGCAGUGGCUAUCUCAAAAGCAUCGCCGAAUUGGUCACUCUUCACUUCCGGUCAGCUCAGCAUGCUGGCGUUCUUCAAUCUCCACAUCAUUUGGCUGAAGCUGCUUAUUCCCUGGCGCUUCUUCCGCCUCUGGGCGCUGGCUGACGGCAUUGAUCCUCCAGAGAACAUGGUUCGCUGCAUGUCUAACAACUACUCUGCCUUUGCAUUCUGGCGUGGGUGGCAUCGCUCAUUUAACCGCUGGAUCGUUCGAUACAUCUAUAUCCCUCUUGGAGGAGGCGGCGGUGGACAACGACCGGCCGGAGCAAAACCUGCCUCGUCACCACCCCCUUCCGGAAUUAUGUCCAAGUUCCUCCAAAUUCGCAACUUUCUGUUGGUGUUUACCUUUGUCGCCCUUUGGCACGAUAUCAACCUUCGUCUUUUGAUGUGGGGCUGGCUCGUCACGCUUUUCGUUCUUCCUGAAGCUCUGGCUGGAAUGGUGUUCCCUGCUAAGCGCUGGCGCUCGCAUCCGACUACAUACCGCGUGCUUAGCGGUAUUGGGUCCGUUGCCAAUGUUCUCAUGAUGAUGAUCGCCAACCUUGUUGGGUUUGCACUUGGCUUGGACGGGUUGAAGGACUUGCUUUCAAGUCUGACAGGAUCCUACUCUGGCAUCGCGUAUAUGAUUUUAUGCUGCGUUGUGCUAUUUGUUGGUGUACAGGUCAUGUUCGAGAUUCGUGAGGAUGAAUUACGCAUGGGAAUCAAUCUGAAGUGCUGA